AUGAAAGUAUAUUUUGUGUGUUUAUGUUUCAUUUCUUGUAGUUUGUCAAGAAAACUGACAAUAACAGGUGGGGAUGUAGCUGUGCCUCACGCUUACCCAUAUCAAGUUGGUAUACGAAUAAAUAGUGAUGAAUUCUGUGGAGGAUCUCUUAUUUCCACAAAUUUUGUUCUCACUGCAGCUCAUUGCGUAAACAGAACAAAUCUGUCGCUGGAUAUCAUCUUAGGAGCACAUAACAUAUCCGAUACAGAAAUAACUCAAAUUCAUAGAACAAGCGCUAACAUAAUAAUUCAUGAAGAUUUUGAUGACAUAAGUUUCCAAAACGACAUCGCUUUGAUAGAACUGGACGAGCCUGUUCCAAUAACUUCUGCGAUUCAAACAAUUCCUUUGCUUUCCGAGACACGAUCUGAUGAUCCCUUUACAGGCGAAUUUGUAACUGUUACUGGAUGGGGUUUGAUUAAAGAUGUGUUUAAUCCCACCAUUAAAGAUUUAUCAAAUGUAUUAAUGAUUGUAAAUGUUACAGUUCUGGAGCUAGAAGACUGCAAAAAAUAUUACAAUGACGAUUUCUUUAGUAGUAUAGUCUAUAUUACCAAUAAUAAUAUUUGUACUAAUGGCGACGAUGAAAAGGGAACUUGCAAUGGGGAUUCUGGUGGACCUUUGGUCUGGAAUAAUGUUCAGAUUGGUGUAGUUUCUGCUGGAACAAGCUUAUGUCAGGUUGGAGCUCCAUCAGUAUUUACCCAUGUUGGCAAAUAUUUAGGCUGGAUUAAGAAAUAUGUCGAUGUAUAAACAAAUAAAUAAAUGAGUUUUGAAAAUUAU